ACCAGUAACACCGAUGAUUUGGCUGCGCGGUUGAACCACGGGUUCAACCAUAGAGAUUAUGGGUGGGGUGUUACAAGUACCAUUCGGGAUUUCGGCGCAGACGACACUUUUUUAGUUAGGGAUAGUAAUCGAGACAAUUAUUCCAUAUAUUUUGAUAUUGAAAAUCAAGUUUUUGAGAUUGAUAAUGAUCAUUUUUUUCUUUUUCUGAGUAAAUUAGAGAGCUCCUUUUCUAGUUAUUGGAAUUCCCCUUAUCUGAAUAAUGAUUCUAGGAGUGACGAUGAUCAUUCUCUAUAUGAUACUAAAUGGAAUAAUUACAUCAAUAGUUGCAUUGACAAUUAUCUUCGUUCGCAAAUCUGCAUUGAUAGCUAUAUUUUAACUGAUAGUGACAAUUAUAGUGAAAGUUACAUUUAUAGUUCGAUUUGUAGUGAAAAUGAGAUUUCCCGUUUAAGAAUUAGCACGAAUGGUAAUGAUUUAACUAUACGAGAAAGUUCGAACGAUCCGCGAGAAAGUUCUAAUGAUCUCGAUGUAACUGAAAAAUACAGACAUUUAUGGAUUCAAUGCGAAAUUUGUUAUGGAUUAAAUUAUAAAAAAUUUUUUAAGUCAAGACUGAAUAUUUGUGAACAAUGUGGAUAUCAUUUGAAAAUGACUAGUUCAGAUAGAAUUGAACUUUCGAUUGAUCCAGGUACUUGGAAUCCUAUGGACGAAGACAUGGUAUCUCUAGAUCCUAUUGAAUUUCAUUCGGAGGAGGAACCUUAUAAAGAUCGUAUUGAUUCUUAUCAACGAAAGACGGGAUUAACCGAAGCUGUUCAAACAGGUACAGGUCAACUAAACGGCAUUCCUGUAGCAAUUGGAGUUAUGGAUUUUCAAUUUAUGGGGGGUAGUAUGGGAUCGGUCGUAGGCGAGAAAAUCACUCGUUUGAUCGAGUAUGCUGCCAAGAGAUCUUUACCUCUUAUUCUAGUGUGUGCUUCCGGAGGAGCACGGAUGCAAGAAGGAAGUUUGAGCUUGAUGCAAAUGGCGAAAAUAUCUCCUGUCCUCCCCUCACCACAAAGCGAGAACUAA